AUCCAAUACCAACCAGCGCCUGUGUUGGGAGUUAAAGCAGCAGGCAGUUGAGCAAGCAUGCGAGAGAUCUGCGCGCGUUUGUGGGUGACUGUUGCGCUGCGUGGAUAAGACCGGCCACGAGCCGACUCACCUCUGCGUUGAGAAUUCCGUACAGUGAUGCGAAAUUUAUGUCACCGACUCUUUUUGCCAGACUAUCUUGCAGCUGCGCCGGUUACUUUACGUUGUCUUCGCACGUUUUUCGUUGCGGUCGUCGCGGCGCUGCUGUGCCUCGUAGCGCUCCUAUGGCGACAAGAGCGGCAGUAGCAAUAACAAUAAUUCUACUUUGUCCGUUCUGCUACGACCGCUACGACGAUUGUGGCGUGGAGUGUUGAUCGGGCAGACCUGCAGACCGCCGAGUUGCAGAUUGGCAGAACUCUGCUGUGUGUUGUGGUGUUCUCUGUGCCCGUUCAGCGUGUCUAGCCGUUCGGUUAAGCUUAUAGUACUAACUUUUUCAUCAGUUUACCGCCGCUGUUGUCUCGUUGUCUGCCUGUUUGUCUGUUCGUGCGUGUAGGCAAGUGGGACGAGGCCAGAAGUUUACGCUGCGUGUAUUAUUUGCUUACCUAGUUUAGCGUCGCGGUGUGCUACGCUGUGCGCCGCUACUGCUGUUGUGUGCGCGAAUCGUCGUGUUGUUCGGUCAAUAACUUUACAGCGGCUUUAGACACACUAUAUCAGCCCUUCAUCCAGCGUUGCACUGAUCGUCUUUAUCUCGCCGAUUGCAAAAGGAUUGUCUGUGGUAACUAUCGCAUGAGUGAUUUAGUGUAAAUACGUUGAGAGUGCGCGAUCCAGUUAGUGCCUCUUGUCAAUCAGUCCUAGUCGAAUUCGCAGAUUCGUCAAACUCUUCGUGAAGUGAUGUAUUUUGUAGCGAAAACUCCGAAUGGAGUGAUCUCCAAGACUCGUUUCCACGGUCUCAGUGGGCUAGGAAAAUUCAGUAAUAAUUCGGCGCGAAUUAUCGAAUCCAUUUCACCACCAAGCGGAUCGCGUUCGCCCGAGGAUGCUAUUCGCCGAAGUCCAAGCGUCGAAAGUAUUACCUCAAUCGGCCCACGCCCAGUAUUUCUCGGCCCUGCCAAGAAAAACGGUCCAGUGAAUAACCGCCGUGGGUCGAAGAAUGGAGAAAACAAAAAACAACACGAAGGAGAGCAUCACCAGCAACAGGCGGAUUCGGCAGGCACGCCGCGUCCCGACGACGACAUCGUAUCUUUUUUUGAACGAUCUUGGAGGGACGUGAAAGAUGCACUCGCCCAAAACAUACCUGAAGGGCAUCCUGAAGCGCAACAAAAGUCUGCCGCACGACGUACUGUCGUGCACUAUAGGCCGGCAUCACCAUCAAUUUUAACAGACUUUGUGCCCUGCAAUUACGAGCAUGUUUGGGCAGACCAUCAGUAUCGCAAGCUGAUUAAACAUAUUGACUUGACAAUUCAGCGAAGUCAAAAUAUGCAAGAAGGCAAGUCAUUUUAACUCUUCUUGCAUACCGAGAUGAAUAGUACAGAAGGAGUUAGUUCAACAGAAACAAAAUAAUGCCGCUAAAAGGCAGCUUCCCAUAAAAGUUCUUCAGGGACUAGUUACUAUCUUUUCGUGUAGUACACAAAACUGCAGGUGACAGAAGUGCAAGUCGAAUUCGACGAGAGAAUGUGACCACACCGAGAAAUUGGAGUCUUUGUACACGAGAUUAACAUGCCGAGCGCAUUCAGUUUGUAAAGCAUUGCUCCAUUCAUCAAAAACAUCUUAAACUGCAUUGGAGAUGAGAGUAAUAAAAAACAAAAAAAAAAA